AGAGGAAUAGGAGUGCAGGGGGAGCUCUUUGCACCUCCCCGGGAAGUAACAGUAGUAACAGGGGCAGGUGCUACUCCUAGGAAGCUUGCUUUCCCUCCAGCAUGACUCCCAACCCCUGGUUUGCACCCAGCUGCGAGAGACUUGGAUAGGAUGGAGAUCUGAGGAAAGGUAUGUUUUCUCUCCAGCUCAGAUCUAAGCUGAUUCCUGCUCCGGCUGGCUGGAACAUGGGAGAUUUGCAGGAAGAUGUAAAGUUUAUAGUGGAUGAGACCUUGGACUUUGGAGGGCUGUCACCAUCUGACAGUCGUGAGGAGGAAGACAUAGCAGCGUUGGUGACUUCAGAGAAACCCCUCCGACGCGGCCUGUCCCACCGAAGUGACCCAAAUGCAGUGGCCUCCUCCCCGCAGGGUCUGAGGUUCAGCUUAGGCCGCCUCAGCCCAGAGAAGCUGGAAGAGAUUCUCGAUGAGGCCAACAGGCUGGCAGCGCAGCUGGAACAGUGUGCCCUGCAAGAGCGGGAGAGCACAGGCACAGGCUCUGGGCCCCGAAGGGUGAAGCCCAGCCCUCGGCGGGAGACCUUUGUGCUGAAGGACAGUCCUGUCCGAGACCUGCUGCCCACUGUGAGCUCUUUGGCUCGGAGCACCCCCUCCCCAAGCAGCCUGACACCCCGACUGCGGAGCAGCAGCGAUAAGAAGGGGUCAGCCAGGGCUCUUCGGGCAACCUCUGGAAAGAGGCCCUCCAGCGUGAAGAGGGAGUCGCCCACUUGCAGUCUGUUCCCCACAUCCAAAAGCCCAGCAUCUUCUGUUGCCCGAUCAACUCCUCCAAUCCGGGGAAGAGCUGGGCCCAAUGGGAGAGCAACAGCAAGCCCGCCUGCCCCCGUCAGACCAGUCUUGGCCCCACAGCCUUCUACCAGCAACUCUCAGCGCCCGUCUCGGCCACAGGGAGCAGCUGCUAAACCUUCUAGUCGACUGCCCGUUCCCUCGGCCAUCCCCAGGCCUGCCAGCCGGGUGCCACUCACCAGCCGGAACAUACCACCCAGCAAAGGUGCCCUAGCUCCAGAAUCUCUGUCAACUCGGAAAGGACUUCCAAGACCAAGCACCUCAGGGCACAGAGUUCCUGUUUCCCAGAGACCAAAUCUUUCUGUCAUUGGUGCCACUCACAGCAAUCUGCAGCCCCCCAGGAAAGUUGCAGUUGCAGGACCUACCAGUGGCAUCGCUGACUCCCCUUUAAGGAGGGCUCCGCUCACAGUGGCCCACGUGGGGACCGAACCGGCAACCUUGGUGCUAUCAGCACGACGCGCCAACCAACUGAACCAACCGGUCACCUCCCUUUGUGAGUUUUGAGAGAAUGUUACUCCUUGAAGGCCAGGCCAUGACUCAAGGAAGCCAGCUGGCAACUGGGCAAAGAGAGUGGAGUGCCAGCUAGUGCCACCCCCACUCUUAUAUGCCCAUAAGUGCCCAACUUAAGCACUGAAAUGCCUUCCUCUGUUCCCAGGCCAGGGGUCUCUCACUGUUUUCUUCUUUUUAUGGAUGAUCUUUAAGUUCAUUUCACACAUUCACCUGUGUCACAGUGACAGCUGCCUACACAUUCACCUUCCUCUUCAGUCUCUUGCAGCAACUCCUGCAGCCUCUGGGAUUCCAAGAAUUGAGUUAGGGGAGAGGGUGUGGAGACACGCUGAGUAUUUGGCAAUUCAGUAGAGGCAAGAACACCUCAGGUGUGUUUCCCAGCUGCAUCCUGCACUAGUGAGUAGAGCCUGUUGGUGACUUCCCGCUGGAAGGUGGACAAGCCUAGGCACACACUUAGGUGUGAUCAGCAAAUGGCAGGUGUGGCCUGGGUGUGUGUGGGCCAGGUCCUGGAGGGUCUGUCAUUAGAAGCAAAAGGAGCUGCAGACCCAUGUGCUGUUGCCACCUGGUGGUCUGAGGGGACAAGACAUUUCCCUUUGGCCCUCUUGAUCAGUCUUGAGUUUUGUACCCACCUCAAGCCCCAUCCCGCUCCAAACCUGCUUGCGCAACAUGCAGUAGGCAGUGCCAGCUAGGGAGGCCUGCCUACCACAGCACCCCUUCUUGUUCAGCUACCUGCUCCCUUCCUUCCCUUUGGUCUGGCUUUCUAUCUUUUUCUUGAUGCACUCCACCCCUGCCCCCAACUAGUAGCAACAAAGAGGGAAGCCAACAUUUAUUGGCCUUUUUCUAUGUACUGUGACCUGUUCUAAGCACUCUACAUGUGUUAACUCAUUUAAUUCUCAUAAAAGCUCAAUUAGGCGGAUGCUAUUAUCAUCCUCAUUUUACAGGCAAAGAAACAGUCCUAGAAAAAUUAAGUCAAUCUAGUUCCCAGGUCUGUGUUCUUAACCACUACCCUCUAUUGU